GCAUCGUGUGUGCCUUCUUCGAAAAGUUGUUAAUAAUUUGUGGUUUGCAGUCUUUUAACUGUUUCUUUAUGUUUCUAAACCCCGCACUGUUAACCGGAGCAUAAUGGUCAAAGCAUCAGCCAUUUCACCCCGCAGCCCGAAGAAGGCGAAGGGGUUAAAAUCGUUCCUGAAGCAGUUCCGGGAGUGUACGAAACGGCCGCAGCUUUUUCUCACGACACAGAAGGACAUUGCGGAACAGGUGAAAUCGUUGGUGAAAGGACUGUACGAUUAUGGUACGAAGAACGAGUUCAGCGAGCAGAAUGGAACCGCGACGGCCACGAGCUACCUCGACGAGCUGGUCACGGACGAGAUGGAUGCGGAGCAAAUCUGGCAACAGUUGGACCUGAAAAACACUUGUGUGGUCGAACAGGGGCUGGAAAACAUUUCCAGUAUACUGUCCAAGAAUGAGAAAGCACUGCUCCUGGACUUUACUACUGGUGAUGACGAUCAGGACGAUGCUUCGGACCACGAAUCGGAUCACCGCGAUCAAGAGGAUGAGGAAGAUGGGGAGCAAAAGGUUCCGAAGGUCCGCAAAAAGUCCACAAAAGUUAAGAAAAGCAAUGGCGAAAAGAAGAAUACGGCGAAGCGAUCGGUAGUGGAUGAUCGAUUCUUCAAGCUGGACGAUAUGGCCCGUUUUCUGGAUGAGGAGGAUGAGCGUGAGAGAAGGCGCCAAAACGGAUUGGCGGAGAAGGAUUCGCUAAUGGAAAUUGACUAUUUCGAUGAAAACACAGGAAAGGAUGAUGAAGAUGAUGAGCUGAAGUACGCCGAUUUCUUCGACGACGAUGAUGAUGAUGAUGAUGGCGGCGAAGAGGACGAAGACGACGAUGGGGACAGCGAGGAAGGCGAUGAAGAUGAUUUGGAUCGCGAGAUGAGCGACGAAGAGGAGGAAGAGGAGGAUGAUAAAAAUGGAGGACAAGAAGAAGAGGAAGAAGAACUCGAUGAUGAGGAAGAAAUGGAACGGAAUCGUAAACUGCGAUAUGAGAUCUACAAAGGGGAAGGCGGUGUUCCGUACGAGGAGGAAAAGCGAUUCCAAGCCGCAAAACAGAUCGCUGAACCAAGUGACGAUAGUGAACCCGAGAAUGUUGGUGAUGGUCAAAAGUCGUCUUACGAACUGCGGCAAGAGAAGUUCCUCCAGAAGGUCUCCAGGCUGGAGGAUCAAAUGCUGAAGGCGAAACCAUGGCAGUUGAUGGGUGAAACAACGGCGGACUCACGACCCCAGAACUCGCUGCUGGAGGAAGUACUACAGUUUGAGAACACCACCCGGUCGGCGCCUGUAAUUUCCGAAGAGACGACGAUGAAAUUGGAGGAUAUCAUUAGGCAGCGCAUCAAAAACAAGGCGUUCGAUGACGUUGAGCGUAAGGUACGGCCACCAGACAAUCCUCGGGAGUACCGUAAGCAGUUGGUGCUGGAUGGAGAGAAGAGCAAGGCAUCGCUGGCUCAAGUGUACGAGGCGGAUUAUUUGAAACAGUUGGAGAAAUCUAAUCCCGAUGCAGCAGAUCAAAUGGCCGAGGAAGAGGAACCGAAAGAGCAUAAAGAAAUUCGGCGCAUGAUGAAGAGCUUGAUGGCUCAACUGGACGCACUAUCGAACUUCCAUUUCACCCCACGCCCAGCCGUUCCAGAGGUGAAGAUCCUUACCAACACGGCCGCAAUCAGCAUGGAAGAGGUGGCACCGGUGGCGGCAAGUGAUGCAAACUUGCUCGCCCCCGAAGAGGUACAUCGCCGGCCAAAGGGCGACGUCAUGUCGAAAGAGGAGCGCACCAAAACGGAUCAGAACCGCGAGCGGCGGUUGAAGAAGCGCUUCCAGCAGCAAAAGUUCCGGCGCGAGGCGGAACGGGAACAGAAGCAGCUGGCCAAGGCCAACGCCGGUAUGGCAACGAGUGCAAAGGAGUCGCGCGAGCUGCAAGCUUCGUUGAUGAAGAAGGUGACGAAAGCGAAAAAUGUACAACAGAUGGCGGAAACCAGCACGGCCGGUGUAUCGAAAUCUUCCAGCGCCUUCUUCUCGCGCCUACAGGAUGAAGUGCGUUCGCAGGUUAAGGCCAAGGCGAAUGGUGCCCCGAAAAAGAAACGACCAGCAACGGAUACCUUGCAGGCAGCAAGCAUGAAACUGUAAACGCAGCGAGCAUUAAAUAUAAUGAAAAAAAUGAACGUUAAUGA